AUGAAAAUGUAUUUACGAAUAAAAGAUUUUUUUUUAAAAAAAUCUGAAAACAUUAAUCGAACAACUUCAUCUAAAACCGUGCACUUGUCACGAAUCUGCUGGUUUGGGAUGUCACCGGUGUGCCCGGCGGGGGAAUACAUUUCCCAGCGUGCCCCGCGCAGAGGCGGCGAUCCCAAGAUGGCAGCUCCGUUGACUCUGCUGCUGAUCGUGGCCGUCACUGUCCGCGCAGCUCUUUUUAGGUCCACUUUGGCACAGUUGAUCGCCGAGAGAGUGGAGGUGGUAUCCCCGUUAACUGCCUGGAAAAGAGUGGUUGAAGGUUUGGCGCUGCUCGACUUGGGAGUGUCGCCGUAUGCGGGAGACGUUUUCCACGAGACUCCCCUCAUCAUCUACCUCUUCCACUUCUUGGUGGACUAUGCGGAGAUUACGUUCAUGCUGGCCGACGGCGUGGCGGCGGUGGCCCUCUACUACGCCGUGCAGGACUACAACAAGCAAGCGUUCAGGAAGCAGAAAUACGCUCUGGAAGCCGAGCGCUACCCCCCCGACUGUCACGAGCUGGUCAGAAGUCCCGCCGAGAUGCACUACGUCCCCCUCAAGGUGGCAAUGUUUUACCUUCUGAACCCGUUCACCGUGCUGUCGUGCGUAGCCAAGUCCACGUGCGGCCUGAACAACGCCGUGGUGUCGCUAUUCGUCCUGGCCACCAUUAAAGGAAACGCGCUGCUGAGCGCCAUCUUCUUGGCCUUGGCCACGUACCAGAGCAUCUACCCGCUCACGCUGUGUGCCCCCGCUCUGCUCUACCUCAUGCAGCGUCAGUUCAUCGCCAUCAACGCGCGGCGCCUGAGUUUCUGGUGGUUCGUGGCCCAGUACGCCUUCAUGUACCUGGGCAGCCUCUUCGUCACCGUGGGGCUCUCCUUCUUCCUGCUGGGCUCCUGGGACUUCCUGCCUUCGGUCUACGGCUUCAUCCUCUCCGUUCCCGACCUAACACCCAACGUCGGCCUCUUCUGGUACUUCUUCGCCGAGAUGUUUGAACACUUCCGCCUCUUCUUCCUCUGCGUCUUCCAGAUCAACGUCUUCAUCUACACGGUCCCUCUGUCCAUCAAGCUCAAGGAGCAUCCGGUGUUCCUGAUCUUCAUGCAGCUGGCCAUCAUCUCCAUCUUCAAGUCGUACCCCACGGUGGGGGACAUGGCCCUCUACAUGGCCUUCCUCCCUGUCUGGAGUCACCUCAGCAGAUUCCUUCGCAACGUGUUCCUGGUGUGCUGCGUGCUGCUGGCGUGUUCGGCUCUCUUUCCGGUGUUGUGGCACUUGUGGAUUUACGCGGGCAGCGCUAACUCCAACUUCUACUACGCCACCACGUUGCUUUUCAACGUCGCUCAGAUCCUGCUGGUGUCGGACUACUUCUACGCCUUCUUGAGGCGAGAGUACCACCUGACCCACGGACUCUACUUGAAGAAAGACGGCUCGGAGGCCACGCUGGUGCUCAAAUAAAACCUGACAAGGGACCGCCCCCAAAAACUUUGGAGGGUGCGAAAGGAACGAUGUCCGGUCGUGAUGACCUCUUCUUCUUCUUUUUUUUACGCUCGCCCAUCCGCGGCUGGGUUUUGGUUUGGUGACUUUGUUUACAUGAUGUGUUUUUUGUUUCAUUUAUAAUGAGGACGACUUCUGAAGGACUAUUAGGGCCGCCACAUUGGAGGAAUUUUUUUAAAGCUUGUGCAUUUUGAUCAAUUUGGACAUUGUAGAGGUUUCUUUGUUUCAGUAGUUGAAAUGAAAAUACGGAAAGAGGUUGGAGCCCAUGUUUUUGUCCCGAAGGCGAAGCAAUAAAAGUUGUGACGUCCCCGUCAUUUUUUUGUG